GGCCUUCGGCGACGGAGAGCUUGUGCUGCAACGAAGCGAUCUCCUGGUCGUUCUUGAGCGACGCAUGCUCCAGCUCCUUCACUCGUGCUUCAGCGGUUUCGGCACGCGCAAUAGCAGCGUCCGCUUCGACGCGCAGGGCGUUCAGUUUCUGGUAAUAGACACCGCAGAAAAAAGGCGUCAGCACCAGUUGCACUUUGUCCCAUGUAGUUCCGUUGUCUCACCUCUCUGAUGCGGUCCUGGAAGAAAAGAGAGGAUGAGACAAACAUCAGAUGAGAUCAGCGAAAGAUUCAAACGCCAAAGACAAGUCCAAAGCGCCGCUUUCAGCUUUGAUGGCAUCCUGCAGUGUACCAUGUGGAACGGGACAAUAUACUGCGCAUAGCAACCUUGACAUUUGUCUGCCAACCAAGCGCCAUGUGAGGGGUAUGGGCAGUCCUCUCUUCCAGGAUCCAUCAAACCGAGUGCCAUGUAAGCCUGUACCCUCCUCCUCGAGUGCCAUUCGACUGCGAAAAGGCUACGACAGCACCCGUGGUCGCUCUGACGUGAGGUUAGUUAUUAUGGCCCUCGGUGAGCUGGCAGUAGGCAACUUGGCCGAUGCGUUCUCCAACGCAACGCCCGAAAGCCACUUUCCAUCGGCAGACCCAAAUCCAUGCACUCCCCCUCGCAUAAAGCCAGCAGAACCAGAGCGUCAGCUGUGGCUGCUUCCUCCUACAGCCUGCCCUGUUGGAGAUCUUUCGCACGCUUUCCAGGAGUGGCCGCCGCCAACGCACUAGCAGCAACACCAGCGCGACCUUCCCACUUUUCCAAUGACUUACCAUGCUGGCUGUACUUCAGGCUUCCUCGAUCGGACUGUUCAUACCCGACUUGAAGAGACGCUGAUCCGUCCGAUGAAAAUGGAGUGAAUC